AUGGCCGUGGUGCUGGACAGCGACUCCGGGGAAAUGGGCAGCCUCUCGGAGGCAGCUCCAUCACCCAAUGGAGGAAGUUUCCCUGAUAUCAUUUCCAUCAGUUCUGCAGAAGAAAUGCCUCCUGCAAGAACCCUAAGGCCAAGCACAACUGUAUCGUUGGAGAACUAUAGUUCUGGUGUAAUUUCUGUAAGUUCCGUGGAGGAAUCAAACACUCCCAAACCAAGAAGAGAAAACAUUGCAUAUGAAGUCAACUUCAAGGAGAGAAAUAUUGAAGAAAUCUGCAUAUGCUGUGGAAGCCUUGAGAUUCACACUCAGCACCCUUUGUUUCAAGGAGGAAUGUGUGCUCCAUGCACAGAACAUCUUUUGGAGAGAUUCUUCCUGUGUGACAAUGAUGGGUACAAGACUGAUUGUGCCAUAUGUUGCUGGAGCAAAUCUCUCAUAAUGUGUGAUGAUCCAACCUGUAACAGGUGUUUUUGUGAAGAAUGCAUGGACAGCCUUGUGUGUUCAGGAUUCUCAGACAAUAUAAAAAAGACAUCUCCCUGGAUAUGUUUCCUGUGUGCACCACGGCGAGCAUAUGGUCUACUCAAGAGGAAGAGAAGAUGGCGUGCAGAACUGAAGCGCUUCUACGAUCAAGAGUCUAACCAUCUUUGGAUAUACCAGCCUUUGCAGACAUGGGAUAAAAAACCAAUCCGUGUGCUCUCCCUUUUUGACAAUAUUACACAAGAGCUGAAAAGUUUGGGGUUUCUGGGGGAAAGCAAGGGCAAUGGGACACUGAAGUAUUUGGAUGAUGUCACAGACGUGACACGAAUACACAUAGAAGAAUGGGGUCCAUUUGAUUUUAUAUUUGGGUCUACACCACCCAUUGGAAACUCUUAUCAACAGCCCUCUGCCUGGUAUUUUUACCAAUAUUUUCGUAUUCUUCAGUAUGUGACACACCCAGAAAGGAUGUUUUUCUGGAUGUUUGUGGAUAACCUUGUGCUGGAGGAAGAAGACCGAGAUACAGCUUCUCGAUUCUUUCAGAUGGAAGCUGUGCUCAGAUAUACUGGUAAGCAGCAUGAUGACACCAUCCAGAAUGCAGUACACAUAUGGAGUAAUAUCCCAUCUGUUAACAGCAAAUAUUCUGCAUCUGCCAUGUACGUGGAUUUGUCUCUGUUGGCAAAGAACAUCCUUGAAACUAGAAUCUUCUCUCAGCGUCCAGCCACUCUGAUUAAGGACUUUUGGGGGCCCUUGAAGGAAUAUUUUAGGACAUUUCCAUAA